UAGGACUAAAAGUUCUAGUAAUUGCAAGAAUAAGACUUCAAUGUUCCGUAGGAGUAAAAACAAGUGUGUUGACAAGAGUACCCUUAAUGAACAAUAUCUAUGUUUAAAAUAUACUCCGUAUUUAAAAGAUUUCCACACCCCUAGGUAGUCUGACAUCUAUUAUACUACCAACGCAACAUCAACCAUCCAGUGUCAUCGCCGCAGCCCACCAGCUUCUCAGCUGACGCCAUCCACCGGUCUGUCAACCGCCACCUGCCCACUCGCCGCCGCUACCGGCGCCUCAGCCGCCGCCGCCCACCGGUCUCUCAGUUGCCACGCCGCACGGCGUCGCCGCUGCCGCCACUAGAGUUGAAGCCGCCGCCACCGGUGUCAGAGCCGCUGCACCUGCAUCAGAGCCGCCGGCACCGGCGUCAGAGCCGCCGCCACCGGCGUCAGAGCCGCUGCCACCGGCGUCAAAGCCGCCGCCAUACCAGCAUCAUCGUCGCCUCAUCUGCAACCUCUGGCAUCACCUCUGCCGACUUCCAUUUAUCUGACCAUGCUUGUUGUGGAUUUGGUUGUAUCAUCUCUUAGUGUUAAUCGGGUCGGAUUCAUAGAUGACCUGAAUGUUCUUCCUUGUGUUGGCAAUGACGCUUAUUCAGCUGCUCCACCCGGUCAGCUUGCUCUUCCACUUGAAGUUUAUGAAUCCUCUUUCAGAGGGUCGAGCAUCUUGCAACAGAGGUCUCCCAUCAUUAAGACGUGUGAUAUAAGGACCAAAUUCAAGCAGAAGAGGUUAACAUCUAUAACUAUAAAAACUAGAAAAGCCUCAUACUUGUGGUCUGUGAGGUCUGUCUUGAGCAGCAAGGAACCAAUUGUUAAUUGUAAUGGAGCCACUGAGUCUUCGGGGAUUCUUUUGCAAUGGUUGAAACAGAAGCUGGAAGAACAGAUAUACAAAGAUCCACAACUGACUCAAGUUGCUGAAUUUGGGCUGCAUAGUGUCAACCUUGAAUAUGAUCUGCAUGCUGCUCUGCUAAUCUUGGAGAAGGAAGAAGACCUGCAAGAGUACAAUGAAUUAAGUCAUGCAAUGGUGGAGUUCUUCUUUACUCAGUAAUAAAGAUCAUGAGAUUUCUGCUUUUUGUUCAGUGAUCUAGUAGCUUUUUGUUCUUCUUUAUUAUUUUUUGUUGCGGGGUAUGCCCCUUUUAUUAAUUUAGUAUGUACAUUCACAUGUAUGUGAGAAUUUUAGAUAUGAUAAAAAUGUUUGAAAUUUUGGUUUUUAUUAGUACUAAAUUAUAUAUGUGUGUGUA